CCUUAAAUUUCCAAGAUGGCAGCCCACAUUUGUAAACAUGCGAUGUGAUCUGGAAGCUUGUCGUGUUCUAGUUUAACACUUCUGCAGGAUGUAUUCAUCCAGCCGAGUCGUGUGAUAUUAAAUUGCUUGACAUCAACACCCAAGGCGAGAUUGUUAAUACAUUAUAAAUACGUUUGUGAGUCAUUACCGAGUCAGAAAAGCUAACAUUAGCGUGCUAACAGCUAACGUUAGUUAGCUCGGCAGCGGAGAGCCAUGCCAGCGCAGACCAUAUUCGUCCGUCCUCUACCAGCUUCAGCUUCAAACCAACGUCUGGAGGAAAUAUUCUCCGAAAUUGGUCCAGUGAAGCAAUGCUUCGUGGUCAGAGAAAGAGGCACAGACAAAUGUCGGGGAUUUGGCUAUGUCACAUAUUCCAUGGAGGAAGAUGCCCAGCGAGCCUUGAAAGAAAUAAAAGAAUAUGACGGACAAAGGCUUUCCAUAUCUGUGGCGAAGAAGAAAAUAAAAGACAAAAGGAAAAGAGCCCCUAAAGAGCCAGCUGCAGAACCAAAAGGACCACCUGUGGCACCAAAAGAGCCAGCCACGGCCCUUAAAGAACCAGCUGCAGCACCAAAGGGAAAUGAGCAGAAAUUCCAAGGCUUAAGGAAAAAAAAUCUGAAAUCCAGACUCAUCAUAAGGAACCUUAGUUUUAAGUGCUCACAAGAUGAUCUGAAGCAAGUUUUUUCCACAUUUGGAACAGUUCUUGAGGCCAAUAUUCCCCUGAAACCUGAUGGGAAGAUGCGAGGCUUUGCCUUUGUCCUUUUUAAAAAUGUGGCGGAAGCAGGGAGAGCGCUUAAUGCGAUGAACCUGAAGGAGAUAAAAGGUCGGCAGGUAGCAAUCGACUGGGCUGUGCCUAAGGACAAGUUUAUUGCCACACAGCAGUCCUCAAGUGCAGGAAAUAAGAAUGCAGAGAAGGAAACUACAAAACAAAUAGGAAAUAAGAAUGCAGAGAAGGCAACUGCAAAACAGCCAGACACAGAGAGUGAUACUGAAGAUGAGGAUGAAGAAGAAAAGCCACAAGCAGCACCUGAGAGGAAAAAAGCCACUUCAAAACAAGCUGUGCAGCAGGUGGAAGAAUCCCAGUCAGAUGAUGAUAGCGAGGAACAAGACAGCGAAGAGGAGGAGGAGGAGGAAGAAGAAGAAGAAGAAGAGGAGGAGGGGGAGGAUGAUGAUGAUGAUGAUGAUGAUGAAGAGAAAGAGGAUGAUGAUGUGUCCCAGGAGGGAGAUGAUGAUGAUGAUGAUGACGAUCAAAGUAGCCUUGAUUCAAACAAUGAUGAAGAUGAGAGUGAGGAUGAUGAUGAUGAUGAUGAUGAAGAUAAAUUGGCAAAGAAGAAAGAAAGAAAGAGACUCCUCCCUUCAGACGUGAAAGAAGGCAGAACAGUUUUUAUCAGGAACCUGUCCUUUGACACGGAGGAAGAGGGUCUUGAGGAAGUUCUCUUAAAGUAUGGAGAGAUGAACUACAUAAAGGUUGUUCUCCACCCAGACACAGGACAUUCAAAAGGUUGUGCGUUUGCUCAGUUUAAGACUAAAGAGGCUGCAGACAAUUGCAUGGCUGCAGCACAGGACGAGGCAGAGAACGGUGGUAUCCGUGUCGAUGGCAGAAAGCUGCUGAUUGUGGCUGCGGUAAGCAGAGAGGAUGCUUCCAAGCUGAAAGUGGACAAAGUGAAAGUAGAAUCAGGGACCAGGAACCUGUACCUGGCCAGAGAGGGAGUGAUCCGUGCUGGAACCAAGGCUGCAGAGGGUGUGCCUGAAGCAGAUAUGAUGAAACGAACCAGAUUUGAAGAAAUAAAGAAGGCCAAGCUGCGGGACAUAAAUGUGUUUGUGUCAAAGACUCGUCUCUGUGUCCAUAACCUUCCCAAGUCGGUGGACAAUAAAAAGCUUAAAUCGCUCUGCCUCCAAGCAGUAAAAGGCAGCAAGGGAGUCCGCAUCACCGAGUGCCGGAUAAUGUAUGACAAAAAGCCAGAGAAGGGUCAGGUGAUGGGACAGUCAUUAGGUUACGGAUUUGUCCAGUUCCACGACCACGAACAUGCUCUCAGCACACUUCGUUACCUUAACAACAACCCAGACAUCUUUGGCUCACACAAGAGACCUAUCAUUGAGUUCUCUUUGGAGGAUUCAAAGAAACUGAAAAUAAAAGAAAUGCGAAAACAGAAAAACAAGGAAUUUGUCCAAAAUAGGCCUUUUAAAGGAGGAGCGAAACCUCAGUCCCAGGCAGGCGGAGAUGUAAAAGGAUCAUGGAAAGGUGGAAAUAAAGCACAGUCCUCAUCAGAGCGCACAGGAAAGGAGAAAGCUCCUCCUCAAAGCCAGAAGCAAGGCAACCGCUUUUUGGGCUUCCAGACCAAGCCUGAGGUCGAGCAUGUAGAUUUAGAGAACGGGAAAAAACGAAGGAAGGUUCUUCCCUUUCCUUCCCAUCGGGGGCCCAAGAUCAGAAUGCGUGACAAGGGAAAGCAACAGGCCCCGCCCCCCAAGAAAGCAAGGCCUGGAUCCAGAAGGCAAGACCGUCAAAGACAAAACAUGGAAAAACCCACACAGCCCAGAAACCAGGUUCAAACGGCAAAGAAAAAUUUCAAGAGAAGGGACGGGGACCGUUUUGACAGUCUGGUGGAGCAGUACAAGAAGAAACUGAUGGGUAACACUGACAAGAACAUUAAUGUCAGAAGAAACAAGUGGUUUAAUAGUUAAUUUUAAAAAUAAAAUAAAAUUUGUGUAUGUUUGUAUCUGUUUUGUGUGUGUGAGAGAGAGAGAGAGAGAGAAAAAGAGUUGGAAUCUGACCAGUGGAACAGUGGUCCUCUACAUUUGACAUAUAAAGUUAUAAAAUAAGUUCAAUGGGUCUCAUAAAUUAGUUUUGUGUCAAAUUGUACAGUAUGUGAUGCCCAUGAUGUAUGAAACUUUACACUUAACUAAUUCAUCUACUUUUCUGCAUUUAUAUAAUCCAUAUUCAUGUUCUUUUUUACUACUAAAACAAACUGAAUGUUUUUAUGAAAACAUUAAAACCUUUGAAUUUGUGUUUUCUCGUUAAUUUUAAGUCUGUUUAGUUCGAUUCACUGAUAUAAAAGGUUUUGUAACAUGCUCUGAUUUAAAUAUCAGUUUUUUUAAACACUUUUUAAAGUUAAUCAUAAGCCGAUAGCUCUGGAUAAACACUUCCCACACAUGAACCUUGAAGUGUAGCAAGAGAUGAACCACCACAAAUGACAUUUUAGAUUAACCUGGUCUACGUGCUGUUUUCA